AUGCACCGGGAAAUAGGCCCGCCCUUAAUGCUGGGCAGGAAAAUGGCGGCACCAGGCGCAGAGCCGCAGAUCUUGGUACAAUACUUGGUUUUACGAAAGGAUCUAUCGCAGGCUCCGUUUUCCUGGCCAGCGGGCGCAUUGGUAGCGCAGGCUUGUCACGCAGCCACUGCGGCCUUGCACAUUCACCGCGACCACCCGCACACUGUUGCUUACCUCCAGGAACUGGGACGCAUGCGCAAAGUGGUUCUUGAGGCCCCAGACGAGACCACCCUAAAGGAGCUGGCUGAGACGCUACGACAGAAGAACAUUGACCACAUGCUAUGGCUGGAGCAGCCAGAGAAUGUCGCCACUUGCCUUGCACUCCGUCCCUACCUCAAGGAAGAAGUGAAUCAAUAUUUGAAGAAGUUCAGACUUUUCAAAUGAUUGAUGUCAUGAAUUGCUUUGCUCUAUUUGCAUAUCAGCUGGAUCCAGAACCUGCAUGCCAUCAUCUCUAAGCAUCAUAUCCUUCUUUCAAUGGCAACUUGCUCUUCCCUUUAUGAGUUUCUUGAGGCCCAAACACAUGUUCACAUUAAAGUUGUCAUUAGUAAGUACUUCCUCUUAUUUUUGAUUAUUAAUAAGUUCAGAUGGGGAAAGUAGAUGGACAGCAAUAUUGUUGAUGGAUGAUUGCUCAAAUGGAAGAUUUGGUUAGAGUUCUAUACAAGGGUCAAGGAAAUGCCUUGCCAUUUUUGUUCGAAAUAACAGAGUUCUUCCAGUAACCCAGGUUUAAAACUUGGCCUUUGAAUUCUUCAUUUCUUAUUCAUAUCCAGUUAUUGUUGAAUCUAAGACAUCAACUUGAAGAUAUACCAUUUAUGUGUUACGAAAGAAAUACUGCCAA